AUGGAAUCAUCCGACAUUACCUUAAUUCCACCCAUCAAUUUCUAUCUCUUUGGCGGGCUAUCAAUCAUUUUCAACAGCACUUUAAUCUACGUGCUGCUCAAACGUUCACUGACAUCUAUUGGUACAUACAAAUACUUGAUGAUCGCCUCAUCUUUCCUGGAUGCUUUAUACAGCUUUACAAGUAUUUUUGCUCUUCCGGUAGCCUACUUAUCUCAGGACUUCUCUAGUUUGGCCCACUUUCAAUCGUUUGCUGAAUAUAACUACUUUCUAUUUUUUAAAUUUUCAUGUGUGUUUUCGUGGGCACGUGUAGCGCAGUGGUUGGAGGCGCCACCGCGACACACGCGUGGAAUCGAUCCACGCGCCCAUGGCCCACCAAGCCUUUCAUCCCUCAGGGGUCGGUAA